AUCAAAUCGUAUCAACUGAAUAUCGAAAAGUCAAUCACAUCCAAAAAAUCCCCCAUAUAGCUAACACCCUUAUUAUUCAACUGGUCCCCUCAUAAUUCAUCAUGGCCAAAUCUCUACGCUCACGUUCCGCCAAGGCCCAGAAAACACAGUUGAGGAGAAGGGUUUUCGGUCCGGUGGAAGAAGAGCGAAUUGCUCGUUUGUCGGCGGCUCAACAGGAACUGGCGGGCCAGAAGAUCGAAUCCCCGAAAAUGGAUAUCGACGAGGAGAAGGAAUCCGAACAGUCUGCUGCCGCAGAGGUCGCCGCAGACCCCGAUGCAGAAGUUAUGGAUGUGGACGAAGACUCUUCAAAACCAACGAAGAAGUCUCAACGGAAAACAUCCAGGAUUUCGAAGCCUCACAAAAAGAGGAGGUCGAAGUCGGCCAUUCGCUUUCCAUCCAUGAAGAAGUCCAAGAAUGACAGGAUUGGCCGAGCAUGAUGAUGCCAACGACUUCAGGAGUUCAGAAGACCCGAUUACCGCCUAUCAACCAGCGUGAUGGUUAGUACUACUUCUCCACGUUGAAGUUAUGAGAUAGCACGGUGUCGCUCGUUGGCAGGGAUGACUAUGGCUAGCAUCGAAGGAACUGCGACGCUGAAGUUUUAUGAUGUGGAUGCGAUUCACCAGCUAUGAUCGGGGCCAAAUACGAAUCAUGCUGUCACAGCAAGAGACCAAUGCCCGGCAUCGACCUGUCAAACUUCGGUCUUUAGAGGCAGGCUCGGACAGAAUCAACCAACUUGGGACGUAGAGUCUCGUGUGUCAAACAUAUAUGAACGGAAUGGUCACCAGGCUGGAUGCAUGACGGAUUGUGAUGGGACGACACGCGAUGGGAUUUCAUAGUCGACACAAUGUAGACCACACCAUAUCGAACAAGUCUUACAGUUCUACUAUGUAAACUAGAAUUUUAAUGACGUUGUCC